AUGGACAGCCAUCAGGCCCUGCACAAGCGCACCGUUGAGGACUCGGCCAAACGUGGUGGUGUGAAUGAACCCAUCGAAUCACCUCAAGAGUUUUCCGAAAAAUUACCAACCGGCCGAUCCGCCAUAGACCCAACUUCCACUGCGGAUGAAGACCGCCUUUCCAGGAAGAAUACUAUCCGCAGUAGCAUGCGUGCAGACACAUUACGAUUUGUCGUCAUGGUGUUAUUUUCGUUUUUGUCUAUUACCAAUGCCAUGCAAUGGAUCGCUUUCUCCUCCAUUGUUGAUGAGGUUCGGAUCUAUUUUCAUAUGAACGCCGCACAGGUCAACAUGCUACCCACGAUCUAUGUCAUUUCCUACAUUUCUAUUGUCUUCAUCAGCUGUAAGCUCUACGAGAUUGCCGGAAUCAAGAUCACCCUGGUACUCGCCGCGCUGUUCAACGCGAUGGGGGCGUGGAUUAAGAUGAUUGCGCUCUACGUCUGGCCUAAUCCCGCGCUGCUGUUUAUCUCGCAGGUGGUGAAUUCCCUCACGGAGGUUCUCAUCAUCGCGGCCCCCCCGCUGAUUGCCAAUCGCUGGUUUCCCAAGAAAGAGCGCGGGAUCGCGAACACCAUCCUGUCCUCCUCCCUGAACCUCGGCUGUGGGAUUGGGGUCCUGGUCCCGACCUUCUUUGUAGGGCCGGAUCGGUACGCGAAGACGGACUUUGCGAAGUUGUUUUGGUUCAACUUCGCGAUCUGCACGGCGGCCUUUGGGAUGAUUCUUUUUUGGCUCCCGAAGCGACCGCGCUACGCGGCCAGCUUCGCCGCGCAGAUCCAACAAGACAAGGAGGAUGCCCGUCUAAAGUGGCUAAGGGCCUCCCACACAAAGGAACCGCCGGGGGAUGGCCAUACCACCCCCACCUCGGAGCUCAACGGACGCGCCAAGGAAGGGGCGGAGGAGGAAAAGAGGGCCCGGGAGGUCCUUCCCCCUCUUCCGGAUCCCCCAACGGCCCGCGACCCCCCCCAACGCUGA